CUAAGAAUGCAGACUGCUCCUGCAAACAUUUGUCAAAGAAUGGGUUGCUCGCAGGAGCUCAGUGAAUACAAGCGUGGUACCGUGAUAGGUUGCCACCUGUGCAAUAAGUCCAUCCAUGAAAAUUCCUUGCUACUAAAUAUUCCAUGGUCAACUGUUAGUGGUAUUAUAACAAAGUGGAAGCAACAGGCACUCAGCCACAAAGUGGUAGGCCACUGAACUGCAAAGCGUCGAAUGCACUUGUGUAAAGCAGGCCACCACUGGACUCUUUGAUGGACGUGUCUGCGUUUGGCAGUUGUCAGUAGAAGAGAACUUGCCUGACUGCAUUGUGCCAUGUGUAA